GUGCGACGAGCACCGGAAGCUGUCUGAUCAGCUGGUUGCUGCUGUUGUUGAUGUGUGGACUUGUUUGGACUUGGUGUCCCUCUUCUCUGCUCGCAGCGGUGAAGACACGUCAAAGCUUGCGGUUUGGACACAAAGGACAUUUACCGGCUUUGGAGUUCACGAGGAACGAAGCACGUGCCCGGUUGCUAGGACUUGUUUACUCGCGUGCAGCGACAGCAGAGCUAGCUUUUCAGAAGCUUUAGUUUGGUAAAACCUAGAAGAAUAGAAAAGAAAACAGACCCGUGCUUUUGUCUCGGUCAAGAAAUCAGUCUAAUCUCCUCCUAUGAAGUAACUGAUUCUGGAUUUUUUUUUUAUGUAUAUUAACGCACUUUAUUUUAGGGACUUGGACGAUACGGCUAGCAGACGCUAACGUUAGCUCGACGAAGCUCGAAGAAAAGAGUCCAGGUUUGAAGCUUUCAUAACAACAACCCCCCUUCUCUCCCUCAGACCGUUAAGGACCAGAGGCGGUUAGGGACGCUUCAUCUGGGGCUGCAGUUCUUGCGUGUGCCGCUGGUUCCGGACACACAGGCAUGUAGCCGAAAUGUGUUCGCGUAACAACAAAGAAAACAUCGCUUCAGAUAUCUCGCUUGUGAACAAACGGUGAAUUUUUUUUCCCAUUACUUAUCUGGACUAAUAUUUUGAGGGGGUCGUUUUAUUGUUUUUUUUUCCAAUUAUUUCUGAAAACACAAACAGCAUUUGCUCGCCUGACAGCUGGUCUGGUCUGUUUGACUUUGAGUUUUGCUGAUAAGUUGAGCAAUCGCCUCCUGGCUAACUCGCAGGCUUCCUCUGUAAAUACUAACUACGGUCAUUGUGAAUAUCUGACCGCUCUGGCUCCUGUCUGUGGUGACGUUUCCACAUCCAGGUCACAUGACAUGAGUUAGAAGGACAGGCUUUUGACAGAUCGAGCAGCUACAGAAAAGCCGGUCCAGGUAUGAGGAUCAGCAGCUGCCUGUUGUGAUCGGGCGCUGUGAUCUGGGACAGACAGAAGAAGAGGGCCCCUCUGUGGCUCCUGUUGUGUCUUGAGGUGAGCGCAGUUGCCCCCAUCUACUUGCCAAUGCUGGAUCUGGAGGUGGUCCCUGAGAGAUCACUUGGAAAUGAGCAAUGGGAGUUCGCCUUAGGGAUGCCGUUUUCCCAGGCUGUCUCUAUCCUGCAGAAACACUGCCGCAUCAUCAAGAAUGUCCAGGUGCUGUACAGUGAGCAGACGCCUCUCAGCCACGACCUCAUACUGAACCUGACUCAGGAUGGGAUUAAACUGCUGUUUGAUGCCACAAACCAGAGACUUAAGGUGAUCGAGGUGUAUGACCUCAGCAAAGUCAAGCUAAAAUACUGUGGAGUGCAUUUCAACUCUCAGGCCAUCGCCCCCACGAUAGAGCAGAUAGAUCAGUCCUUUGGAGCCACGCACCCUGGAGUUUACAACCCCGCAGAGCAGCUGUUCCAUCUCAACUUUCGUGGACUGUCCUUCUCCUUCCAGCUGGAGUCGUGGAACGAAGCGCCGAAAUAUGAGAUUCCACAUGGAGCCAUGGUUAGGAGGAUGCACAUCUACACUGGCAACAACCUGCAGGAGACGAGAGCUCCUCCAAUGCCGCUGGCUUGUUUUCUUGGAAACAUCUACGCUGAGUGCGUGGAUGUCCUGAGAGAUGGGGCGGGUCCUUUGGGGCUCAAACUCCGCCUCCUCGCUGCAGGCUCGGGUGUCGGGGUGAUGGCUGACGCCAAGGUCCGGUCAAUGGACAGGAGCAUCUUCUUCGGAGACUCCUGUCAGGAUGUCCUGGGCGCUCUGGGCUCGCCCCAUAAAGUUUUCUACAAGUCAGAGGACAAGAUGAAGAUCCACUCUCCAUCACCUCACAAGCAAGUUCCCUCCAAAUGCAACGACUACUUCUUCAACUUCUUCACCCUGGGCGUGGAUAUUCUUUUUGACUCAACAACUCACCUGGUGAAGAAGUUUGUUCUCCAUACCAACUACCCAGGACAUUACAACUUUAAUAUAUAUCAUCGAUGUGACUUUAGGAUUCCUCUCAUCAUCAAAAAAGAAGGAGCUGAUUCUCAGGCUGAGGACUGCAUCUUAACCACCUACAGCAAGUGGGAUCAGAUUCAGGAGCUGCUGGGUCACCCUAUGGAGAAACCUGUGGUGCUACACAGGUCGUCAUCGGCCAAUAACACCAACCCGUUUGGCUCCACCUUCUGCUUCGGACUGCAGAGGAUGAUCUUUGAGGUGAUGCAGAACAACCACAUAGCUUCAGUCACCCUCUACGGUGCUCCUCGGACGAGCAGCCAAGCCCGAGCUGAGUCCAGCGGCAGCUCCCACUGAACAAGUGGGGUGCUCCUGGAGUUUCUCAUCCACAGCCACAUUCUGAGCCCAGCAGCCCUGAUCGAAAACGCGACUCAACUCAGAGGGUUUGCACCAAACCGAGAAGCUUCCAAUCCUGGGUCAACAGGACCCCUGAGAGCGAAGGGGUGGUCCAUGCUAACGGUUCAGAGCGCCACGGCGCCGCAGAGCUCACCUGCUCCUGUUCUGUGAGGUCCUUGGGAUCUCAUCUGCUGAGGAUCAUUUAACAGACCACACACACACACACACACACACACACACACACACCACUGGUCAGCCCCCUCUGCUGAACCACAAUGGACCUCCAGAUCCACAGAAGAACCAUUGGAGCCAAACUGAGAGUCACAGAGGGGAGAAUCUCAUCCAGAACAGGGGGUCUCCUUCUUCCUCGUCCUCCUCCUCCUCCUCCUCCCUGGGGCGUCUGUAAACACAAAGCACGCUGAACAACCCUGCUCACAAACAUCUGUGUGUGUGGUUUUGCUUCUGUUUUUUUUUUUGGUGUGACUGCUGAAUGAAAGGAGACUCAUAAGCACAAGUUUGUGAUGUUUCAACUCGCCGCUUCCUGAAGUUCACAGUUACAUUUGCACUAAAACACACCGUCUUACUUGAUUGUGCGACAUCCUCAGUGUUCAACGUAUGCGUUUGUCCUUCCCCCCCAACCCCCCACUUGUUUUCAUCGUUGCAUUUAACUGGUAGAUCACGAUCCUCUUGUUUCCUUUCUUUCUUUGCCAAAUGCCAAAGCCAAAGAUUUGGGGUGUUUUUUUUUGUGUGUCAAGUCUACAGUCUUGACUUGUGUUGUCGCUACGGUAACGCCUUCUUAACGAUUCAACUCGUCCUGCUGUUGUGAACGAGCUUCGUCCUGGAGCUGAAUCCAUUUUUCUGAAAGGAGGAAGAUCAGAAGUUGUUGUUAACGUUUAGUUAUCAUCCCUGUUGUUGUUAGUUAAUGUAAAGUGUUGCUUUGAACACACUCUGAUUUGAGCUUAUGUUUCGCUGAGCUCCAUCGUUUUUUCCUACAUUUUGUCUGACAUGAAACUUAUUCAGUUUUCUGUGACCAUCAAGGAUAUUCUUCAACAAAUUUAAGCUCUUUCCUUUCAGUUUCAGGUUUUAGGCAGGCGAGAGAAGACAUUUUUCAGUAUUAGUUUUUUGAUGAAAGCUGCAGAUCAUCAGUUUCUGAAGGAACUCAGCAUCAGCUGGAUUUUUUUAUAACUCAGUGUUUCAGCUGCAGAGCAGGUUUAAGUCGCUCUAAGUUAGUACCUGUGUUCUCCAGCAGAAGGAGAACAGAGAGGCGGCCACACCUCUUUGUUUUUGCAUUUUUAGCUGUCAUCUGGUUUGUUCUGUGAGGUAAGAUGCUGAUGUUGGAGGCCUCCGUGCAGAUGUGGAGAAGCUGUAAAUACCUUUGUUCUCUCUUUGUCGCCCCGCACUUCAUCACUCUUUCUCCCAGGAAUGAAGGUGGUUCCUGCAGAAGAACCUCUCAUAAGUUUAAGGAGCUGCAGACCUUUUCCUUAUGAGAUGUUUCCAAUGACCGUUACCGCUGAAAUCCGGCAGAAACAGAGUUCUGCUGGUGUUUCCGCAGCUGCAAAGCACAUUCAAGUGAUCCAAUUGGACGCUUCAGCACCUCCUGUUUCUGUGUGAGCAAACAUAGGAAGACCAGGAAAAGACUGGGAAGUGUUGAACUCUGUGCCUCAUCUCCCGCCUCGCUGAUCUCUGUAGAAAAGGAACCUCUCUGUACAUAACUUCUGAAAAAAGGCGUCUUUGUAGAGUUUGAAUGUGUGAGCAUCUUUGAGCACGAAGCAACGCACGCUGGCCGAGUUUGGUUUUAUGUUUCCCCAAAUGUUUUGCUUCUUUUACAAACACGAUUCUGACAAUGCCGACGUGGCGUCUGAGAAUCUGAGGGAAACUCGUCUGUCCACCGCUGCUGAGUCUAGAGAACUCUGGAUCUAACGGAUGCUUUUGGGAAAAGCAUUUUAGCUCAGCGAACAUUAAAAGUCAUUUCUGCUGAAGAACGACGCAGGAGCUUCAUCUCACUCAGGUGGUCAUCGCCUCCAUUUUUUAAUGCAGAAAAAUGAUAAUGAAUGAAGCUGUGCAAAAAACAAACAAACGGAUAUUUGGCAAAAUAACAGAAAGCAAAAAUGGAGCCAUGAAGAGUUCUUGUUCAGCUUUUGUUUUGUUUUGUGUGUAACCAUAUCGCAAACAGUUUCAUGUAUCAUUUGUCUGUUGUGGAUUCCUGACUGUUCAUUCUACUAUUUCUUAGUAUUUCUUAUCUGCUCUAAAUUCAAACACUUUCUAGUUGAUAACAUUUUACAGAUAAAGAUCAAAAGUUAUAGAAGGUCACCUUUUUUUUCAGCUUCUCUCCCGUCAUGUUAGUUGGCUGAUCCGUGCAGACACGAAGCCUCAUCAUCUGCAAACAUGAGGACUUUUUUCUAAAGUUCUUAUUUGUCUCUUUUUUUGUUUGUUGAUUUUUCAGUUUGACUAAAAGUCAUUCUCAUUGAUCAUUGACAGACCGUGUCUGCUUCUCUGCUGUUUCUUCAGCUCUUACUGUUUCAUUUGUCUUUUUUUUUAAACAUUAGCUUUUUGUGCUUUCAUUAUGGCUAAAAUUUGGGUUUGAACUUGUCUAAUGCAUUUCUAAUAUCUAGACUUAAAUAUUCUUUUAAUUUACAUAGAGGACGCACCCUGGAGUUGACACAAGACAUCUCAGCAGGUCUGGAUUUUAAUCUUGUUAUUUUUCUGCAGAUUUUUGCAAACUUUCUCUACUAAACGCUCACAGACUUGUGGGCUUAUACUCUACUACUCGAUUCUACUUUUGAACAACGCAAGUGUGAAUAAAAAAACUUUCCUGUGGGGGCUUUCUGUGGCAUCUUCACUUUGGAUAAAAGCUAGACCUCUCAUUUACUUCAACACAAAGCUACAUGCGAUUCAAGCCUAAUGCAGAACAACAGCAUAUCAAUUUGACAUAUUCCUUUGGUCACACAGGAAUAUGUCAAAGUUACCUUUGAAGUCCAGAUGCAGAGAUCUUCACGUCCGUCAUUCCAGACAUAGAAUGUCCUAAUGUUUUGUCGGGUCUUUAUGGAGGCUGUUGAAACUUUUCGAAGCCAAACUCCAUCUCCACUGCUUUUGUGAUGCUGAGCAGUGGCUUCAGUGGCCGUUAGACACUGUUUACAAGUUUAUCCUCUUCUUACUGUUUCUGUUUGGGCUUCUGUUCAGACUCCGAGACAUUUUUCUCUUUUCCUCUGGAGUCUGACUAACAUCAAUCGACAUUUCCAUCUUGAAAGAGUUUUACGAUGUUUGAAACUCAUUUGCACAUUUUGCUUCAAUAUUUGUUUAUAAUAAAACCAGUUGUGGGAUUUUUUUUAAAUCCAGAAUCUUUAGUUAUAUAUGUGAAAAACUCUUUUUUUUUAAAAAAAUUUUAUUUUUGCAAAACAAAGAGGAGUGGAACACUCAUUCUCGUUAAGUUCUGAUUCUCUAUUCUCCCAUCAGGUAUGAAUGAAGUGAUAACAAAUUGUUUUAUUUUUCAGUUAGAUUAUAAAAUCUCUUUUUUUCCUCUUCCUAACAUUCUCACCCCUCGGAACAUUUUUCAAAGCCGUGUCUGUUUUAAAUCCUGUUUCCAGAAACGGGUCGGUUCCUUCAAACCUGUGAAUUUCAUUGGAAUGUGGCAAUUUCUAUUUUGAAUACGUUUAUGAAGACUGCAUCGUCCAGCAUGUGCACUGGAAGUAAAGCGGCAAUAACCGAGGCACGCCGAGCAAAGGAACUUAAUGCUUUGCUGCAGACAAUUCCUUCAACAGUGUUUGAUGUUGAUGAGUUUCCAACAAUUUUGUCAGAAGCUCGCUGUUCAUCGACGUUCAUUUUCUGUGUCCCACCAGGAUAUGAAAAAUAAUAAAAUACAAAUGUGGAAAUAUAA